AUGAGCGAGAAAGCACGUCUAAAAUGUACCGUCUACGUGGGGGGUCUUGACCAGGCCGUGACAAUGCAGACGCUGGCCGAGGCAUUCGUUCCCUUUGGUGAAGUGGUUGAUAUUACGCUCCCCAAACCCGAUCUCCCGAACUCCAACGAGCUCCACCGCGGUUUUGGAUAUGUGGAGUUUGAUCUGCCCGAAGAUGCGAAAGAGGCGAUCGACAACAUGGAUGGAAGCGAACUAUAUGGCCGGACAAUCAAGGUUGCUGCUGCUAAGCCGCAGAAGGACAGCAACGAAGGACUCGGCAGCAAGACGGCUAUCUGGGAACAGGAGGGGUACUUGGCCAAAUAUGCUGUCGACGAGGAAGACAAAUUGGCUGCCGAGGGAGGCGAGACCGACGGAGCCGAACGUCAAGAUCCCAUGCAAGGACUCGAGGAACUGGACGUGGCCGGACCCAAGCCGGAAUGA